UUUUGGAAGUGAACGAAAACAAAAACACGCAUGAGUUUUAUGUUAAUAUAUAGUUGAAUGUGUAUUCUUGGACAUAAACGUGUUCAUAUUGAUUUGACAGUCAACAACUAACAGAGUGCAGUACUGCAUGGAGUUGGUGUGACACUACUGACACUAUGACUGAACCGGAGCAAGAAAAAGUGAAGAGUAAAUCAGACGAUGACACUGACGAGGAAAGUGAUGUAUUGGAAGAAAGUCCAUGUGGACGGUGGCAAAAGAGACGGGAAGAGGUAGAGCAGCGUGAUGUUCCAGGUAUAGACAGUGCAUUUCUUGCCAUGGACACAGAGGAGGGAAUGGAAGUUGUUUGGAAUGAAGUUUACCUCUCUGAAAACAGAAACAAAAAAGCACAACAGGACAAGAUUCGUCAAGUGUUUGACAACUUGAUCCAGCUGGACCAUCCAAACAUUGUGAAGUUCCAUAAAUACUGGACAGACCAGCCCCAGGACAAGGACCCCAGCAAGGCACCCACCUCCACCAAACCAAGAGUAAUAUUUAUCACAGAAUACAUGUCGUCAGGAUCCCUCAAACAGUUUCUGAAAAAGACAAAGAAAAAUAAUAAGACGUUCCAAUUAAAGGCAUGGAAACGGUGGAGUACGCAGAUACUCUCUGCUUUAAGCUACCUGCAUUCCUGCAGCCCUCCUGUGAUACAUGGAAAUCUCACCUGUGAUACAAUAUUCAUACAGCACAAUGGACUUAUCAAGAUUGGCUCAGUUGCCCCUGAUGCCAUGCAUCAUGUGAAGACUUACAGAGAUGAUCUGAAAAACAUGCACUGUUUUGCCCCAGAAUAUGGAUCGGGGCAAGUCACAACAGCAGUGGACAUAUAUUCAUUUGGAAUGUGUGCUUUAGAGAUGGCAGCACUUGGUAUACAAGGGAAUGGAGAUGGUGGAAACAAAAUUACAAUGGAGGCAAUAAAUAAAACUCUUCAGUCUAUUGAUAACCCACUGCAAAGGGACUUUCUGGAGAAAUGCCUGGAGAAGGACCCCAUCAAGCGCCCCACCGUCAGGGACCUGCUCUUCCACUCCGUCCUCUUCGAGGUGCACCCUCUCACCUUGCUAGCAGCUCAUGCCAUUGUCAACAAUGCUCAAUUGGUGGAGAGCAUAGCAGAAGACACCCACAUUUUGAAAGUUGAUCCAAAGAAAGUGAUUGCUGAGAUCAAAUACCAUGGGGAUGAGGAAUCUACGCUCUGGAGGUUUCACCAAGUUCAAGGACAGGAAUUAGAGAAAUUUUUAGAAGAUGUCAGAAAUGGGAUCUAUCCACUCACAGCCUUUGACCUACCACAGCCCCCACAACAGAAUCAGAGAGCUGUGACUCCUGAAGCAACUGAGCAGGAGAAAGUUGUUACUCCUGAGCCCCAAGACAUAGAAACUCGUCGAGUGAUGAACAUUUCUUCUUGUCAGAUUAAGAGUGUAGAGGAUCAGCAGUCAGUCUUCCACCUGACCCUCGUGUUACGUAUGGAUGACAAGAUCAACAGGCAGCUUGACUGUGAAUUUGGAGAGGAAGACAGUGCUUUGGUGCUAGCAGAGGAGCUCGUCCAUUAUGGGUUCAUCAGUGAGGAUGACAGGGACAUGUUAUCUUCAUAUCUGGAGGGUAGACUGCACAAGGAGGCAUACCUAGUCAAUGGAGUCCCAGAGGACGGAGCUGAACCCAUUGCUGUCCUUUGACCUGCAUCUAGCCUGGUCCUACAACCCUUCUGACAUACAACAGUGUAGCAAUGACUGCUUCUUCAGUCCUAGCGGCUUCAUUGUAGAAGUUGGGUAGGCCUGCUGGAAGGUUAUAUUGUCAGGCAUUUGUUCUGUUGAUGGAGUUCAUCAGCUAUGUCCCUCCAAGGUCAACAAAAGCUUGGCUUCAUUUGGAACUUAUUUGUGUUUCAUUGCUCCUACCCGUACUUCAUUCAAUUCUUAUCUUCGAUGAAUAAUUUAAAAAAUUUACAAAACUUUUCACAUAUUUAAAACAAAACUUGAAAAAAAGCAUAAUUAUACAGGAGAAAAAUAACUCUACGGAUCCAGAAAUAAAAUGUAAACAACACUUCUGAAGACAUUGUACAUUGAAAGAUAUAUAAUUGUAAAGCAUUAAAUGAAAUAUUUGGGAUUGUU